AUGCAGCAGUCGCUGUCGGGGUCCAAGGGUGGUGUCGCCAGCGAAAGUGAGACGUGUAGUCAGAUUGGCAUCGACCUCCUCGCCCGUGGAGGAAAUGCCGUCGAUGCUUGGAUAGGCACGCAACUGUGCGUCGGCGUGAUUGGAAUGCAACAUUCGGGCCUAGGUGGUGGUGGCUUUAGUCUUAUCCGGGACCAAGAUGGCAACUACACUGUCAUUGACUAUCGUGAGGCGGCUCCUGCAGCGGCAUUUCAAGACAUGUACCUGGGCAACGAGAGGGGCAGUGUAUUCAGCGGGCUUGCGGCUGGUGUCCCGGGAGAGUUGCGCGGACUGGAACUCGCACAUAAGAGGUCCGGCCAUCUGCCGUGGAAAGCAGUUGUGCAUCCGGCAGCUCACGUCGCACGAUACGGCUUCAAGGUCACCGAAGAUCUCGUACGAUACAUGGACGCCGCGGUCGGCUACGCCAAAUGGAAUUUUCUUGUCGAAGAUCCCAGCUGGGCCAUCGACUUUGCUCCCCAAGGCACCUUGGUCAAGUUUGGAGAUAUCUUGACACGCAAACGCUAUGCCGACGUCCUGGACGCCGUGGCAGAGGGCGGCGCCGAGGUCUUUUAUACAGGCGCCAUCGCCAACUAUACCAUUGCGGCAAUCCAGGCAGACAAUGGCACGAUGACGUUGGAGGAUCUGGCCGACUAUGAGGCUAUCAUUCGCCCUUCCAUUAACAUAACGUACAGGGGUUAUAAACUGUUCUCGUCUGGCGCUCCGUCCAGCGGAGCUGUCUGCCUAAGCACUCUAAAGACAAUGGAGACAUACAACACCGAGGACACAACGCACGGGAACCUGACGCUUCACCGCUUCAUUGAGUCCAUGAGAUUUGCCUACGGCGCCCACCAGCAGCUCGGCGACCCCGCCUACGUCAACGACAUUGGCGUCCUGGAAGAGGUGAUGCUCUCGGCCGCCGGCGCGAACGCGACCAAGGCCCACAUCUCGGACAAGACGUCGCGGCCGGUCGAGCACUACCUCGCAAACCCGUACUACUCCCAAGGGUCCCACGGAACCUCGCACAUUGUCGCCGUCGAUGCGAGCGGCAUGGCCGUCUCGUCCACGACGACGGUCAAUACGCUCUUUGGCAACCUCAUCAUGGUCCCCGAGACGGGCAUCAUUCUCAACAAUGAGAUGAACGACUUUUCGAUCCCGGGCAAGACAAACGAGUUUGGGUACGCGCCUGCUCCGUCCAAUUUUAUCCGGCCGGGCAAGCGGCCCCUCAGCUCCAUCACGCCCGUCAUUGUCGAGCACCCCAACGGGACCGUGUAUGUGUCCGUCGGCGCCGCCGGGGGUAGCCGCAUCAUCAGCUCUACCACGCAGGUCGUCUGGAGGAUUCUGGAACAGGGGCUCAACAUGACCGGCGCCAUGGCCGAGCCGCGCUUCCAUGAUCAGCUCAUGCCCAACACGGUGACCUUUGAGCUCGCCUUCAACAACCAGUCCACUGCCAAUAUGGCUGAAAGAAAUCACAACGUUACUUGGGUCCGCCCGGGCGGGAGUGCUGUUCAAGGCGUCAGGAUUACAGCGGAUGGAUUUGAAGCUGUCGGUGAACCACGACAGAAGAACAGUGGAGGACUAAGUCUCUAG